GCUCUUAUUAGUCAGCGGUGUCCUAUAAUAGGAGAUAUUCAAGAUGGUGGACAUCAAUGAACAGCAGCAUUUCCCAGAAGUUGUCUUCGUUUUUAGCGGAAAGCGGAAAUCAGGAAAAGAUUUUGUCGCUGAAAAACUAAAAGAAACAUUGGGGCACAAUAGAUGCGUUAUUAUCAGGCUUUCUGGACCCCUGAAAUACGAAUAUGCCCGACAACAUGGACUUGAAUUUGAUCGCUUGCUUGAUUCAACAACUUACAAGGAAUUGUACCGUCAAGAUAUGAUCCGCUGGGGAGAAGAGAAGAGAAGGGCGGAUCCCACAUACUUCUGCAAACUAGCGACAAAAAUGGUAUCCUCUACACUUCGUGAGGGGAGUCAAACAGUUCAAAAGCCCGUGUGGGUAAUAUCCGAUGCUCGAAGAAAAUCAGAUGUACAUUAUUUUAAAACAAGUUACGAAAAAGUUGUACAUGUUCGGAUUGCUGCUUCAGAGGACGUCAGGAAGUCAAGAGGUUGGAUGUUUACAGCAGGGAUUGACGAUGCUGAGUCUGAAUGUGGCCUAGAUGAUGAAACAUUCGAUUUCGUAAUUCACAACGAUGGUCACGAUCACGAGCAACUAAACAAUGAAAUUAAUUAUUUGCUUAAGUAUGCUUUUUAAUUCUUCUACUUUCAUUGAACGAGCAUACUUUGGUUAAUGGACAGUCUUAAAAUAAUACAGUCGUCAUAAUAAUUUAUCAAUUUAGAAACAAAAGAUCAAGUCCUCAGAAAUGGACACUGGGAAUGAUAAAAAUUAAAAAGUUUCUUUUUUAUACAUUACUACAGAAAAUCAGAUGACAGAAAAGAAAACAGUGAAGACAGAAGUUGGAAUUAGAACUGCUGAACUGGAGAAUCGUUGUUCAGAAAUCAAAUGGCUGCUCUUAAAAUAGCCAAUAAUGCCCUUCCCCCUCAUUAUCGCUGACUGUGUGUAAGUCAUAACCAAUCAAAGUUGAUCUUUGACUCAAAAAAAAAAUCCUGGCUUGACCUUGUAACAAGUCGUGUCAUAGUCAAGUUCAUAACUUAUCCACACUAGGGGAGCAAAUGUAGGACUCCUAAUAAGAUACUGAAAUCCCAUGGGGAUAGACAGGACCUUAAUUUGUUGUUGUGAUAGAGAUAACUGGGAUAGAGAUGAACAGUUCUUUUAAACCAUUAAUCUACUUUAAAAGAAUGGUCCAGGUUAUUGGGUAGGCAAGCUAUCUAUGGGACUGGGGCAGUCAAGCAAGUGGUUGAACUAUAAAGGUUCAUUUUCCCAGCUGGCCCACAAACAUGUUCUUAAUUCUUGUAGCUCUCACUUGAGCACUUAAGGGGCAGGUUUGGUGAUUAGUCCAAAAUGCAAAUCGUCUGAUGUCUGUUACACUAUCAGAUCAAAAUUUCUUUCUUUAUUUUCUAAGACACACAUCAUUAAUAAUAUUUACUGAGUUGACGGAAAAAAAAUGACUAGUAUGAUGCUCAGAGCUCAGUAAACCCCAAUAAAUUGUGUUCCAUUGGUUUUCCUUCCAAAUGUCAUUUAUUUUCUAGUUCACCAGUUAACUGGUAAUAGGAAACCUACCUAAAUGUUAGAAUUAUUAUAAGGAUAAUGUUCAAGAUAGUAUUAUUAGUAUACAUUUAUAUAAAAAAAUAUUAAUUAUAAAAGAAGAUAGUUACUUACAUUUGUAAAAAAAAUUUAUAAAGAAAUUUAAUUGAGAAAAAUAUUCAGAAAGAGAAUCUCUUAUUGGAGAGAUGUUAACCUCCAACACCAUACCAAUAAGUGCCAGCUCUUUGAUAACCUGAGCUAUAAUUGAGCAGAAACAUAAAAUGACAAUAUUCCUCACUCUAAAUUGUCACACUGUUUGGGUCAUUUUAAAUAAUCACUCUAGACUAUGACCCCUUUGAGUCCUAAUAAAAAAAAAAUCACUCUUAGCUGAAACCCUUUCACUCCAGAGAUUGAUAUACUUACAUACAU